AUGAAAAUUGCAGUGAUCGUAAUUGCCUGUUUGGUGGCUACAGCGGCCAGCGCUCCGGCUGCUCGUUCGCUUCAGGACGAUUUGGACGACUUCGUCGCACUUCUUCCUUUGGAUGAUCUGCUGAGCUUGGCACUUCGCUACCUGAUGACCGACAAGGAAGUUCAAAGCGCCUUGCUCUAUCUUCAAGGAGAUGAAUUUGCGAAGGUAUGGGAUCAGUUCUUUACCCUGACGGAGGUGCGUGACCUUCUGAACUACCUCGAGGAUGCCGGUGUUCCAGCGUACGAAUCGCUGAAUGUUGUUGCCGAAUUCCUCGGACUGACUCCGUUGAAGCCUGGUGUGAAAAGAUUGCGAACUGGAGGAUUGAAUGGACUGCUUGAUGAAGCCCUUGCACUGCUGCCACACGAGGAACUAGAGGCCUUGUUCGAAGAGAAGAUGCAGACCAGCCCAGAGUUCAAGGCUCUUUUUGAGAAACUUCAGAGCUUUGAAUACAAGCAACUGGUCGACUUAUUUGAGAACUCUGUAGAGGUUCAAGCAUUGGUGCAGAAGCUUCGAGACCAUGGCAUCGAUGUGGAUCGCAUCGUAGAGUUGGUCAAGGCCUUUUUUGGAUGGAAAUGA